UCGUGGCUGUCUGUCACUCUGCGCGCGAGCUGGAGGGCUUAUGCAUUAUGCCGCAGAAAGACGAGGAAAAGUGCCAUUUCUCAGAGAGCGAUACUUCUAAAAUGAUAUGAUUACAAAUUGAUGAUUUCUGGCAGAUCACACAGCAUUUUGAAGAAACUGUCACAAUUCAGUGACAAAGUUCUGUUUCUGGAUUGCCUAUUCUCUCAAAGAAACAUUCAUACGGACACCAUCGUAAAUACCUCUGCCACGGAACAGACAUCGCGUAUAUCUGGCAUCUCCGUUUCGGGACAGACCAACGGGAGAGAGCGCCGAGCUCUGAAGAGCCACCGUCUGACUUCCUUAAAGCGUGUGGAAGCAUGAUUCCCCCAGCGGAUGCGAUCCAAGAUGACAGCAUGGGCAAGGAGCAGGAACGGGAGAAGCUCCCGCAGUCGCCCACCUCAAGCAUAAACCAACAGGAAUCAAAGUUGCAGCGUUUCAAGCGCUCCCUCUCCUUCAAGACCAAGAGCCUCCGCAGCAAGAGUGCAGAUAACUUCUUCCAGCGGGCCAGCGGGGACAUUCGGCUGCAGGUGGAGCCCCUGCCUAUCUCCGUGUGCUCGCCGGGACGGGUGCCCCUGCAGGUGGAGCCCCUGCCUAUCUCCGUGUGCUCGCCGGGACGGGCGCCCCUGCAGGUGGCCUCUGCCGCCUCACACAGCUUCCUGGAGCAUAUCUUCAAGAAGCCCAUCUUCUGCGACGUCUGCAACCACAUGAUCGUAGGCACCACUACAGGCAGCACCGCCAAGCACGGCCUGCGCUGCAAAGCCUGCAAGAUGAGCAUCCACCACAAAUGCGCUGAUGGUGCCGACCAGCAGCGCUGCAUGGGCAAGCUGCCCAAAGGAUUUCGCCGCUACAGCAGUUCGCCGCUGCUGAUCCAGGAGCAGUUCGGCUGCAUUAAAGAAGUGAUGCCCAUUGCUUGCGGCAGCAAAGUGGAUCCGGUGUAUGAGGCCCUGCGUUUCGGAACCUCGCUGGCCCAGAAGACCAAGCGGACCAGCACCGGCUCCGAGUCGCCCCACCGCAAUUCAACCAGCGACUUGGCAGGAGUUCCAGAGGAGGCGGUGGGUCGUGUGAGCAGAGUGGAUCUCGGCAGGAAGCACAGCGACAAUGUAUUCGUGCCCCUCCAAAAUGGAACGGAUCACUUUGCUACUGGAGAUCAGAAAGCUGAUGAGUCGCCGGUGAAGAGGCCCCUGCGGAGGGAGGAGCGCCACCUGCUGGACACCUACGUGGCCUUGUACAGGUUCAUCCCCCAGCAGACCCAGGACCUGGACAUCCGGCCUGGCGACCGCAUCCUGCUCAUGGACAAUUCCAACGAGGACUGGUGGAAGGGUGUAAUGGACAACCGGAUCGGCUACUUCCCUGCUUCCUUCGCCCAGCAGCUGCAACAUGGCGACAGAGUGUUCCGCUGCUAUAAGACCUUCAUCGGCUGUAAGGAGCAGGGCCAGAUCACGCUGAAGGAGGGCCAGGUCUGCGUGAGCGGCGAGGACGAAAGCGACGGCUUCCUGCGGGUGACGAGCGGGAAGAAGACGGGCUUUGUGCCCUGUGACGUUCUCGAGUCCAUCUGAGGAAGAGGGAGGAGGAACGUAAGGGGGUUGAGAUGGACAGAGAGACGGAGAGAGAGCAGCACUGUCGCACACGUACCCAUCCCCUCUGCUGGGGCCCGUGCACCGCAAGGGCCCGCUUCCUGAUUGGACAAAUAAAGCUGGAGGAUAAAUGGGCCCCAAAGGAGGCUCUGAGCAGCAUCAUGCUGUGGAAAUGCUCUUCAUCAGACACUUGCACCUAAAUGGAGCAGAGCUGUGAAGGUGGAGGCUGUGCUUCCUGGGUGGAUGCUGUUUUACCCCCUCGUUUUUAAGAGGAGGGCACUGAUCAUCGCGCAUUCCGGCGGAUUCUGUGCGAGUCCUCAGAGGGAUUAACCCCAAGCCAUGGCGAUCGCCGGGACUCUGGUGGGACGAUGCCGACCCGUGGGCUGCUGGGGUGGCAGGGCGGAGGAGCAGGAUGCUGCAUCUUGGCUGUUUACACAGUUUUUCCCAAUAUCUUUAUGCGUUUAUACAUUAGAUCAGGCUUUGCUCUGUCCUCGGUUAACAUUUGGUGCUGACAUUUGCAUUGCACUGUGUGUCACGCCUCAGUGACGCUGACUCCGUUAGAGGCUCCCGGGGUUUGUCGAGUCAUGGCAGGGGGCGGCCAUGUCCAAAGGGCAUAAUUUCCAAGAGAAAAUGAGUUACUGGUCCCCUCAGCAUCAUCAGGGUCCAGGGGAUUAAAUCCCUUUGAAGUGCAGAGUCAGUCCACUUUUCUUCUCAUUUAACUGACAUAUUAAAUUAUUCAAUUUGUACAGACGCUCCUCUACUUACGAAUGAGAUACAUUCCGAAUGGCCGUUCGUAAUGUGAAAUGUGCGUAAGUCGUUAUUCAACAUCUUUUUAAGGGGUCUACGCAAGUACAAAGAACUAGGAUGCUGGCAGUACGCACGUUACACUGCUGCGCAGCGGGAGUAGCGGCCAGAAGUCGUACUAGGUGGAAUUGGCGCACAGAAAAAAAAAAAUUAUAUUGCGGACAGGAAAUGGGAGCCCAAGGAACACAAUCUGGACUUAAAGUCCUCUUCGUUCGUAUGUCUGAAAGUUCAUAAGUUGAAAGUUCGUAAGUAGAGGAGCGUCUGUAUUUACAUUUGCUAUUUAUUUAGCAGACAGUUUUAUCCAAAGCAAUAUAAAACUGAGAAGGCAGGGUCACA